AGGGCGCGGAGUGGCGGGCGAGGGUCCCGCGGCCGGAGGGGCGGGCUGAGCCCCAGACACCGCGUUGGGGUCUCCCGGAGGGGCCGCGGCGUUGCCCCUCGGCCCGGGCGAUGGCGUCGGAAGAGGCGGCCAUGGCCGAGGUGAAGGCCCCCGCCGAUGCGGCCCCCCCCGGCGCCGCCGCCCCCCUCUGCGACCUCCCUGUCCGCAAAAGCAGCUGCCUCCCCCUGGACGCCGCCCAGCCCAGCCGGCCAAGGGAGUGCCUGGAAGGUGGACUGGAGAGGAAUCCCAAAGACCCGGACUCCCGCUCCCCCUCCUCCUCCUCCUCCUCCUCCUCGCCGGUUCCCGACCAUCGCAGCCCCCCGGAAGAGCCUGCCUCGCCUGAGGCCGCCGACUUGCCCCCGGCCAGCCCCCCCAGCGAGGAGGCGCCCUCCGUGCCUGAGCUGGCCUCCCCGCCGCCUGGGGAAAGCCUGCCAAGGGCCGCCCCGCUGCUUCUCCAGCCCGAGGCCCUCCGCUGCUCCAAGGCUGAGCUGGGGGCGCUGCUCUUGCAGCACAGCAGAAGGCGGCAGAACGGGUGCCCGGACUUGGAAGACGAGCCUCUGGCAGCCUCUCUGGGCCAGGAAGAGGAUGGGGCUGCAAAACCCUCCCAGAACAUGGCCGUCCAGACUGAUUUCAGGACGGCUGACUUGGCAGCCAGCACUGACCUGGACAUGGAAAAGAACUUGGACAAGAUGAUGUCCGAGAGAGCUUCGUUGAAGGAGCGAUACCAAGAAGUCCUGGACAAGCAGAGGCAGGUGGAGAACCAGCUGCAAGUGCAGCUCCAGCACCUGCAACAGCGCAGGGAAGAAGAGAUGAAGAACCACCAGGAGAUCUUGAAGGCCAUCCAGGAUGUGACCGUUAAGCGGAAAGAAACCAGGAAAAAGAUGGAGAAGGAAAAGAAGGAGUUUUUGCAAAAGGAGCAGGACUUGAAGGCAGAAAUUGAGAAGCUCUGUGAGAAAGGCCGGAGGCUGCUGAAGGAGCAAGAAGAGAAGGAGAGCAAGAUCGUCUCGCUGAUGGCUGAACAGGCAGAGGAGAAGGAGGCCUGGGAGGUGGAGCUGGGCAAGCUGAAGAACCAGCAGAGCGACAUCAGCCAGUCCAUCCUGGAGGAGACGGAGAGGGCCUGGAAAGCAGAGAUCCUGUCUCUGGAGAGCCGGAAGGAGCUGCUGGUGCUGAAGCUGGAAGAGGCCGAGAAAGAAGCGGAGCUGCACCUCACCUACCUCAAGUGAGCUCAGAGAGAGGUGGGUGGGACGUCCCCUUUGGAGGGGCUGCUGGAGCGCUUCUCCCACCUGGCUCAACACGCGUCCAUCUUCUAGGACAAGUUCAACGACCACAUCCAGCUGGUACGGAAUGGGGCCAAGUUGAGCAGUCUCCCACAGAUCCCCACCCCCCCUCUGCCCCCACCCCCGUUGGAGACAGACUUUCUGCUGCCUCCUUUCCAGGCCAGCUCCUCGCUCGGCCCCCAGGUGCCCUUCCCCGUGGGGUCCGUUUCCAUGCCCCCGAUGGUCAUGCCCAGCGCUGACCCACGGGUGCUCUCCUUCCCCCUGCUGAACCCCAGCCUCAUCGCCAGGCCCAGCCAGCCUUCGCCAACUUUGCCUGCAGCCCAGGAGCGGAGCAGCCCCUGCCUCACUUCCCUGGUCAGUUCCCCCGGGGCGCCCGGACCCUCGCUGCCUCCCCCCCCAGGCCUGGGAGGAGUCAAGGCCCCGCCCGACUUCCAUAGACCGCCCCCUGUGGACAAGCUGGAGAAGAUCCUGGAGAAGUUGAUGUCGCGCUGUCCUCAGUGUAACAAGGCCCAGCUGACCAAUGUCCUCCAGCAGAUCAAAGCCGCUCGAAGGACCUUGGCAGGACUUACCAUGGAGGAGUUGAGCCAGCUUGUAGCAGCCAAAGUGGCAGAGCAGCAGGAGCGGGUGGCAGCUGUUGGCCCCCAGCCCCAUGGCCAGAUGUGCUCCCCCUUGUUCCCCGGUCCGUUGCCUCAGAUCAGCAACCCUUUGUUCUUGCCACCCGCACAGGUCCCCUAUUCUGGGACGCCCCCCCAGGCACCUGUGGCCUGCAAACUCUGUCUGAUGUGCCAGAAGCUGGUGCCGCCUGGCGACCUCCACCCCAUGGCCUGUUCACACGUGCUGCACAAGGAGUGCAUCAAGUUCUGGGCUCAGACAAACACGAACGACGCCUGUCCCUUCUGCCCCGCCCUGAAAUGACCCCGACUGGAGAGAGCAGGCGGAGGCGCCUUGUGCCCGGCCUUCCGACGGCUCUGUAUUUAUACGGCCAUGUAUACACCUGUACAUUUUUAUUCUAUAGGGAAUGUGUGUAUAGAAAGUCCACAUCCAUACCCGUUCAUAAUAAAAUGUGUAUAUUAUGCA